GUGGCAGCUGCUGUUAAUGCACUGAACUGCAGAUGGUGAUGUGGAUGAAAUAACGGUGUCCAGUUCAUCAGCUUUGGAUGGGGAAAUGGUUUGUAAUCGACUUGAGAGGAUGAGCUAAAUUGAUGCUGUGAUUUCAACGCAGAUCCAAACAACUGCAGAGGAGAUGGGUCUACUUUGGCAGCGGGACCUCACCCUGUCAGAGAGUUUGGGGAAUGGCCCCCCUGUUGGCUUCGCCCCGGGGCCCCCAGCCACCAUGGCCCCACAGCAGUCCAACACCUCCUGGGUACCGGAAGCACCGCUGGUCACACCAGAGGAGACGUUUUUCCUCAUGACCUCCACUGCACAAACCAUAUCGGGUUUUUUCGUUUGGACAGCGCUUCUGAUCACAUGUCACCAGAUCUACAUGCACCUGCGUUACUACAGCUCUCCAAAUGAACAGAGGCACAUAGUGAGGAUCCUCUUCAUAGUCCCCAUCUACGCCUUCGACUCGUGGCUCAGCCUUCUCUUCUUCACCAAUGAGGAGUAUUACGUUUACUUUGACACAGUCCGGGACUGCUACGAAGCCUUUGUCAUCUACAACUUCCUGAGUCUGUGUUAUGAGUAUCUGGGAGGAGAGAGCGCCAUCAUGGCCGAGAUCAGAGGGAAACCCAUCGAGUCCAGCUGUGUGUAUGGGACCUGCUGUCUGUGGGGGAGGACGUACUCCAUUGGGUUCCUCAGGUUCUGCAAACAGGCGACUCUGCAGUUCUGUGUGGUGAAACCUCUCAUGGCGAUGGUCACUGUCCUCCUCCAGGCCUUCGGGAAAUACAAGGAUGGAGACUUUAACGUUGCUAGUGGCUACCUGUACGUGACCAUCGUCUACAACAUCUCCGUCAGCCUGUCGCUCUACGCUCUCUUCCUCUUCUACUUCGCCACUCGCGAGCUGCUCGUCCCCUACAACCCUGUGCUCAAGUUCUUCAUGGUCAAAUCCGUCAUCUUCCUCUCCUUCUGGCAGGGGAUGCUGCUUGCCAUCCUGGAGAAGUGCGGAGCGAUCCCUCAGAUCAACUCAGCCAAGUUCUCCGUGGGCGAGGGGACGGUCGCCGCGGGUUACCAAAACUUCAUCAUCUGCAUCGAGAUGUUCUUUGCUGCCGUUGCUCUGCGCCACGCCUUCACCUACAAGGUCUACAUGGACAAAAGACUGGACUCAUAUGGCUCAUUUCCUAUCUACGGACAGUACGGUCGCUGCGCCCCGAUGAAGAGCAUCUCCAGCAGCCUGAAGGAGACCAUGAACCCUGGCGACAUGGUUCAGGACGCCAUCCAUAACUUCUCCCCGGCGUACCAGCAGUACACCCAGCAGUCCACGCUGGAGCGGAGCGGGGGGCCGCCGCUGUCCCGCAGCCACAGCAACCUCAGCACCCGCGGGGACAACGAGAAGACGCUCCUGCUCAGCUCCGACGACGAGUUCUGAGACUGAAACACUUUGUCCUGUAGCCCAAAUCCAAUUUCUAUCAACUAGAGCAGUGGUUCCCAACCAGGGAUACGGGGACCCCUAGGGGUUCUUGAGGGGGUACGUAGAAAUAUUAGGGAUUGCAAUAUAUUUCCACAAAAAACAUUUUAUUAAAUCAAUUUUCAUAAGCCUGGUGUCCUGCCCCCAGAGUGUGUCAUUACAAGCCCUAGUCCUAGAAAGAUGUGGAAACUGCUAGAAGUGAGUCUUAAUACUAUUAUUUUCACUGACAGUAAGUAUCAAUGUCAAGUUUAAAUGCAUUUGUAUUAAGGGUGAGUUAUGCAAGUGAUUUUCAUCUGAGGAGCAGUUGGGUUGGACAUCAUUACAAAGGGUUUAAUACAGGAAGAAAUGUUGGCAAAUCAUCACAGAUGAGUGAGGGGGUACUUAUAGCAUGGCGACCAGCUCAAGGGGGACACGAGACCAAAAAGGUUGGGAACCGCUGAACUAGAGAGACAAAUCAGAUCUUGUCCUUAACAGGGAAGGUCAGAUUCACUUUUUAAGACAACACUACAAAGAUCAGAUUCACUUUUUAAGACAACACUACAAAGAUCAGAUUCACGGCAGGCUAUCGUUAACAGACUGUGGGAAGUAUUUUUACAAGAGCAGUAGGUAAAGAGGAUGGAGACGUUGUUAUGAAUAGAGGGGUCCAGAUGUUUAGACAUUAGGUUCAUUACAGAUGCUGUCAUAGAGGCCAUCCCUGACAGAACUAUAUCACAAGGUUCAAGGCUUUUGUUGUCAUAUGCACAUAGCUACAGUGUAGUUAUGACAAUGAAAUUGUCACCUCUAAAUUCUUAGGUCACAGGCUCCUCCAACACCUAAGAAUGUAAUUCCCCACAUGGGUUCAAAUAACCGUGCCUGCAUUAAGCUCCCUAAUGCUGCACUUUAAAUAAAUAUAUAAGAGGUGUAUAACAGAGAGAAAAGUGCCAUCUUCAUCUUAAAACAAACGGCCUCUUUCAUCUUUCUAGUUUGUCUCCCUUAUUCCUCACUUCUCUGCCAACUCUUACCGAAACAUUGCCAAAUAGAAGGAGUACCCUGCGGGACACACUGUCUUAAGAUUUAGAGUUUAUAGUCAAGCAAAACUAAAGAGCCUUCGAAUUCCCAGGCUUCUUUUAAUAUAUACAUAUUAAAUAACACUUUUUUUUUUAUUUAAAUGUUGUAUGACCUUGAAGGUAUCGCUCGUUUGUUGGAAAAUUGUCAUUCCAGAGAUGUGUUUAAAUAUGCCGUGUUUGUUUUCACUCUGUCGUGGGUUCGUGUGAGGCGACUCGGAAGUAUAACUGUGUGACUCGGCAGCUGUUGGCCUGAUUUGUGUCGAGGGAACAGCUGUAGGAGAGAUUUUUUUUCGCGUGGGCCGGGAGACGGAAGUACGACGCCCACGCAGAUUACGGAGCAACACAGCUGUGAUGUGCUGAGGAUUGUAAUCCCAUAAUUAGGGGCAUUACGCACAGAUCAGACCUGCCUCUGCUGGUAUUGUUUAUAACAGCAUUACUGCUAUAGUGAGCUAGAUUGGAUUUACAUCCGGUAGAUGAAUAUAGUGGCAUUUGUGUUCAGGGACACUAUAGCAGUGAUGCAUGGUCGAAGAAAUCCUCAAGUGAGUCAGAUUAUUCUGCUUUUAUCCUCUGUUUCCUGUUUUAGAGUGAAUUGUUUAAUAUGAGUUUUAGCAGGGGCCUGUAUAGAAGCUGCUUGUGGUCGUAAUCGUAAAUGUUUGAUGGCAGAGCACAGCUAAGUAAAAACCUCUCGACAGGUGACGUUAGGCCUCUCAAUGUGCGAUCAUCGUUUUCCUCUUGAUAUGUCGAGUGCAGAGUCCAGACUAGUGUCUAUUGACUGCAGGUAAACAAACCGUGAAGUCCUUGUGAGUAAUGAAUGUAGUCCGGGUUAAACAUGAACAGCCAAAUAGAUGUGAAUAUUUACUUCCUAAAGAUAAAAUGACACUAAUUAAGCAGGAGAAGAAGGUGUUGGAUUCCUGCUGUGACUGAUGAUCCAUAUACCUUCUUUCAAUUAUACACUCACUUUUUUAUCCGACUUUCAAAUCAAACAGCUUCAGUUGAAGGCAAGGUGGAGGUAAUUUGUUUUUUGAAUGAACCACUAACUUAGUAGUAUUGAAAGAAAAGUGACAUUCACUGCCUUUUACUCUGCCCCAAGUUAACAGCAUAUCAAACUUUAUUCAAAACACUAUCAAAUGAUACUUUUGAUACUACGUGAUUUAAAAGCUGGAUGUUUAAUCACAACGCUAAAUAUAUUAAAGCAGGAUAUAUUAUACCAGAAAGGAAGGAUUGUUGUAAAUAGGUAGACUAAGCACUGCGAAACGUUCAUGAUUAUGGGUGUAAUGGCAUUGCUUGGUGUAGUGCUUUAGUUAGAUAUUUUAAUUUUCAUAUAUUCUCCUGUUUUAUUUCUGUUGUACCCUUUUUUUAAUAUGUAUAUUGGUGAUAUGAUCUCUUGUUUUGAUGCUUAAAUGGUUUCUGUUGGUGUUGAAAAUAAAGUAAAAUCAUAAUUGUG